GUGAAAACACAGUGCUCACCAAAUGUCAGUUGACGUCAGAAGGUCUUGAAAAGAGCGAGGAGUGUACAUACGAACACGAAUAUAUACGGUAAAUGGUAUACCCCGGAGAGCGGAGAGAGAUCGAGAGAGCAUUCGCACCGACUUUCGAUUGAUAUUUUGGCUGUUGUGUUGUUGUACUGCUGCUUGGCUGGGCCGUUUGCUGUUGCUGUUGCUGCAAAGAGCACAAGCCACAUGAGUCAGAUUAAUAUUUUGCUUUUGUUCAGUUUCAGUUCCAGUCGUCGGUCGAGUUCAGUAUUCAGAUACUCAGAUACUCAGAUACUCGUUGCCAGCCAAACCGAACUGAAGUCAAAUACUAAUGUGUGUACUUACGUGUAAAGCAGUUAAAGUUAAAAAAAAUGUGCAAACACACAACCAUAGCGUGGCUGUGGAUGUAGUGAAGAGUGCCAGCAUUAAUCGCAUUUUUCCCCUGCACGACGACUAGAAAAUACUCGACACGUUUGUCUGUUUCUGUUUCUGAUUUCUGCCUUCUGCUUCUGUUUGGCCUCCUAGUGAAAACGCAAAAAUUGAUAUUGUUAAAUGUUCUCAACGUGAUGUUUCUGUAUCCGACUAUCUGAACACCCCGCAUCCGAAUCCGCAUCCGAACGCCGAAGUCCACACCAAAAAUAUAUUUACGCGCUACUGGGACGACCACAUAAAAAUGAAGGACCAGAGCGGAAAGGCCUCGGCCUCAUCAACAUCAUCAUCGUCUUCACCACCACCUGCCAAACAAACCCAGAGCGUUACGUUCGUGAGGACCAGUAAUGCACCAGCUGUUUGCGACGCCAACGGGAACGGGAAUGGGAAUUCGAAUCAAACGGAGUGGACCUUUCCCCCAAAAGCGCCCACUCCGCAUAUCUACAAUUGCCUGAGUCCCGACAUGAUGGCCUCAAGUGAUAAAAACAGCUUUAAAGGAUUUCGCAAGCAAUUUAGUGGACGGUUUAAGCGCUUAGUGACUCGAAAAGUGGAACACACUCCAGUGAUACCUCCAGAAUUGAAGCCGCAACUAAAAACAAUAUACGUUUACUAACUUAAGAUGUAACGACAAUUGCAAGCACAAGUGUUUUCCCCAUUAAUAUACGUGCUCCAUCAGUGUGCGUUUAUAUGGCAGGAAACAUUAGUGAUAGGAAAAGCAAGAUAAACUAAGUUAUCAUAAUACCAUUCUGAUUGACAAUUUUAAGUAUUCAGCGAUUCGUGCGUAUUGUUAGGCUCAAUAAAAAGAACAUUUCAUAAGACAGACAAGGAUUAAAAUGAAUUUGGUACGAGAGUCAGAGUCACGGGGUUUACAAUAAACAUAUCAAAGAAAUUGAACAGAUAAUUAUCGAGAAAAGGAAAUGUUCAAAUAUCACGUGUUGGUAUUACUGGCUCUAAUGCGAAUCUAUGUAAUUGCUUAUUAUUUUUAAUAAGUUAAACGAACUCCCUAUGUUUACAUGUUCAUCAAUUACCAUUAAAGAAUUAUUUUAAAAACCU